UGUACAAACCACUCCUACACGGCGUCCCUAUUGCCUCGUCAAGUCGCAAAUGGUGCGCACCCAGCUUCAGCACUUACCGCAUGCGUGUUGCAUGCCGCCUGCAGUUCAGUUCUUUAGCACGCGUGAAGUAUAUUUGGGAAAAUAUUUUUUAUUAAGGGGCAACAUUUAAUGUAAAGAGUAACGAACGUUAUUUAUCAGUAUGGGAGGUCAGGCUAAGAACAAGAAGAAAAGUAAACCCAAGAGGAAGGACAACCGUCAAAACAGGGAUGGAGGAUUUGUUGGUUUGUCACCUCAAGAAAGGAUGAAAGUAAGAAUGCAUGAGAAAGCCAAGAAGAAGACAGCUGAAAAGUACUCAGUACAGCAACUACUAGAAAAGACUCAGGAGUACAUGGACAGUUUUGACUUUGAGAUGGCUGGCCUUUUCUGUCAGAGAGCUCUGGAUGUGGACUCCAACAACCUACAAGCUCUUGACAUGCUGGGACACAUUUGCUCCGAAUUAGGAGACAUGCAGAAAGCUAAAUCAGUGUUUCUCCGUGCAAUAGACCUGAGCCCGGAUGUUGGUCAUAGCAAAUACAUGUAUCUGGGACAAAUUCACACCGGCCAGGAGGCUGUGGACUACUACACAAGAGGAAUACAAGUUCUUCUAUCGGUUCUAGAGAAGCAGGAAACAGAGGCUCAGGCUGGAGCCGCCGGAACGACAGAUGAGAACGACGAGGUCCCUUCAAGGAAGGAUGUCAGCGUGGCCUACUGCUCCCUGGCUGAGAUCUACUUAACAGACCUCUGCGUGGAGGAGGGAGCUGCAGACAAGUGCCGAGAGUUCAUUGAAAAAGCUUUACAGUAUCACCACGACAACCCGGAGGCUCUCCAGCUUAUGGCCAGUUACCUGUUUAGUACAGAGAGAAACCAGGAAGGGAAGGAAUACCUGUUGAAAAGUGUUGGGAUGUGGUUACCUGCGCAGAAGCAAAGUGCAGCUUCCUCCACGACAGAAGAAGAAACGCAGAAUGAAAUCCCUCCGUACGAGUCUCGCAUCACCACAGCCAAACUGCUUAUCGAGUCAGAGGAGUAUGAGAUGGCAGUAGAUGCAUUGGAGGGUCUUCUGGAAGAAGAUGAUGAAGUUGUUCAGGUUUGGUAUCUGUCCGGCUGGGUGUGCUACCUCCAGUGGGACAAAGCAAAAAAACACCAAGAAAGAGAAGGAAGCAAGGCAUCGGAGGAAGAUAAGGAGGAGUGGAAGGCUUUACAGGAAGCUGCAAGGUCAUACCUGACUAAUGCUAAAAAGCUGUAUGGUAAGCUGCGAUGUGACGACCAGCCGAUGCUGGACCAUGCAGAACAGCUGCUGGGCGAACUGGGAGGAGAAAUGGAGGAAGAAGACGAAGACCCAGUCGUGGACGACGACUACGAACCUUGCAGCGACGAUGAAGAGGAAGUAGAGGCCCCCAUGGAGCACUAACUGCUCCCCGUCAUGUUUUCCUUGAGUUUUCGUGCCCUCUUCAAAGUGCCUUUUUUGUACUGGCUUUUCAAAGAUUAAAUUGAUUUGCACAAACAGAGUGGUGUUAAAAAUCAACUCAAAUCUCUUUCAGUUAAGUUGCUAAAUGCUUUUGUCGAAAUAAGUGCAUACUUGAGUAAUGCUUCCCCUAAUCUUCUCGACAGAUGCCGAUGAAAGAAAUUAGUUUUUAGAGGUUUAAUUCUCAUCAGCAGCCCUUGAAUGCUUUACCUUCACUGCACACCCACACAGUUUUGUACGAGCGGGAAUGUACCGAACGUACACAAAACAAAAACACAAAAGAACCAUGUUAAUUACUCUAUUCUUUUUUUUUUCCUCAGCACAACAAGCAGAACUGCUUUCCCCUCUAAGCAUUGUCAGAGAAGCCCAGUUAUUAACACUUCAUGCUAUUUUUACAUGCGCUGUGAUUUUAAUGCCCAGUGUUUAUGUAAAUGCUUUAAUUUUUAUAGUAUUCAGUUUAUGCCUCAUGCGUCUCUUUUUUUUUUUUUUUUUUUUUUCAUUUUUGGGGGGUUAAACUCGGUUAAAACUUAGGACAGUAGAGUGAAUCUGACAUUAACUCAUGCAGAGUACAUCUCUCACUCGCUCCAUUGCUGCUCGGGUGUUCAAAGUGACUUGCAUAGCAACUGACUUUUUAACACAAGUCUUCACAUAACGUCCUUUUAAUAGUCCCACAGUGUUAAGGACAUAAAAGCCUGGUUCUGCAUUGUGGCAUACAAUUAUUUUCAACAAUGUAUGAAAUAUGUAGUGCAACACCAUAUAAAGGCUUAGUCCUAUAAAUAUGUUUGCUGUUUGUGACCAAAGGUGUUUAAGAAUGUCUUUGGCCCCAGCAGCACUAAAGCAUUGAAGUAUUGACUGUGUACCAAUUUACUCUUUCAGCACAGAGAAAUGAGUCUGAAAUGUUUUCAAAUCUCUGCUAUAAGCUGUACAGCCACGUCUGGCUUCAAACCUAAAAGAUAAAUUGGAACAAUUGCCUUUGCUCUAUUUAGACCUAAAAUAUAUUGACUACACAGUUUAAUUAGUAUACGUUUAAACUCAAAUUUAACAAGACUAGAUUUGAUUUUGAUGCAAUUCUUGUCUUGACUAUUUUGUAUAUAUAAUGCAAUUCUGGUGCAGGAAAGCAUUUCCAAACGAUGCAUUCAAGGUUUGAGGUUGUGAUGUGACAAAAGGAAUGGAAAAACGUUUCUCAGGCGCUGUGUGUAUUUGGUCACUGGAGCUAUAGCUUCAGAAUGCUAAAAGAACAGUCGCAUAUUAUUUAAGGUAACAUGAGACACAUGUUAAAAAACCUGUUAAAAGGCAGUGAAAGUAGAUUCAUAAAAGUAUUAAAAUGCAAACUAUAAAAUGUGUCAAGAUUGAUGAAACUGAUCCACUUAAAAUGUUACUGCACAUUCUAGUUCAGUGCACUGAUGACUCUGGUAAAGACAUGGUUAUUUAAUCUUUAUAGACAAAUAAAUCUGAUUUAUUUUAUCACUUCUAAACAGGAUGAGCAACCAGUUCAGUAUGUGAUCCUUUGGACUGAUAAAUAUUUUCUUGAUUCUUUAUUUUUUUUGUCUAUUAAAUAUUUAUCUUAAUUGGUAAAUCCUAAAAUGCUACUAAAGAUUUUUCUAUGGAUCUUUGAGACAGAGGUAAAUUGUUUUUUCAUCCAUUUAAAAAAAAUAAAAGGUUUAACAACAGAAAUAUACUCUUUAUUAUGUAUUGAGAGAUACCUAUCUCAUUUGAUCUCAUUUAAGGGAAUGAAAAACUUAGAGCCUCAAUAUAAAUGUUUGAAAUGUAGACAGAAGUGAUAUGUUUGCUAAGUGACCUUUUCGGAAUGGAUGGAGCAGGUUGAGAAAAUGCUUCUGGAAUUGUCCGUAGCAUAAACAAACAGAACAUGUGGAAACUUUUCCUAAAAGCCCUGUCUGCAUCAGCAAAGCAUUCAUGUUUAAAUAAUUACCAUUUCUGAUAUUCAGUCAGUAUUAUAUUGGAAGGUGUUAGAAGACGCCUGGCUAGGUACAUUUCACCAAAUAGUACCGGGGUGCAUAAAUGUUUUAGUUUUACUCUUUUUGGAAUAGAGAAAUAAUCUGCUAUAAAUUCAGAUUAACUUGUUUGUAAAAUUCUCUAAAGUUGUUGGUUGCCUGAUCAUAAAACCCGACUAAAGAACUGCAAAAAUAAAUUAUUAAAAGGCUUAGAUUAAUAUAGCAACAUGAUGAUGAUGAUGAUGAUGAGUGUUUGUAAGUUUCUGUCUAUUAAUGUUAGGUAUCUCUCCAUGUCCCAUGUCUGUUUGUACACACAACACACCAUGAACAUACACAGCAGCAUGGUGUCUUUGAAAAACCCCAACCCUAGCAAAUAAAAAAAAGAAGCGUUAUCAGAGAUCCUGUUGCAGAUAGUGACCCUGCUGCAAGCUGAGAGGCCUCGCAGCCGUUUGAUACCCUGAUCUGAUUCAGUUUUUUUUUUUUUUUUUUUUUUAACAGAGCAUUAAAUAUGCCCCAGGAGGGGAAAAAAUUGCAGAUACAAUGUUUUUUUUGUGUGUGUGUGUCCAUGUUGUAAAAGUUUUUGCAGAUUUAUGAGAUGCUUUAUUUGUGGACUGGGUUUUUUUUUCCUCCCAUAUCCAUGUCUGCUGUGGUUAGUGUACGGGGAUGCACCUCUGCAGGCCUUGAAGAAUGAUGACCUGAAGCCAUUCUGUCAUCCAGCAUUUUCCUUUUUCUAAUUAAAGCAGGCUCUAAUG